AGAAAGAUAGAAAGAAUUAUGAUUGUGGGCAAUGCAAAUGGUUCCCUAUACAAACUCAUUCCCCAAUCUCGUCGUCUAUUUCGUCUAAUCACCAUCCCAAUACCCAAUCACACAUCCCUCCACCACUCUCGUUUCGCCUCAAUCUCCAAACCCGAUACUCUCACCAACUCCAAAGACGUCGACUUCUUCUCAUCUAACAAAAGAAUCUCCCUUUUGAUCCGAAUGGGUCAGAUAGAGCAAGCCAGGGAAGCAUUCGACGAGAUGAAGCAACGUAACAUUGUGACCUGGAAUUCAAUGAUUACUGGGUACGUUAAACGCCGAGAGAUGGCCAAGGCCCGGAAGCUGUUCGACGAAAUGCUUGAGAGAGAUGUUGUGUCAUGGAAUUUAAUGAUAUCUGGGUACGUUUCGUGCCGCGGAAGCAGGUAUGUUGAAGAAGGGAGGAGUUUGUUUGAUCAGAUGCCGGCGAGGGACUGUGUUUCUUGGAACACAAUGAUCAGUGGGUAUGCCAAGAAUGGGAGGAUGCGAGAGGCAUUGCAGCUGUUUGAUAGUAUGCCGGAGAAGAGUGUUGUUUCUUGGAAUGCAAUGGUUAGUGGGUUUCUUCAGAAUGGUAAUGUUGCGCGUGCGGUUGAGUUUUUCGAGAGGAUGCCGCUGAGGGAUGGGGCUUCUGUUUCUGCACUUGUGUCGGGGCUGAUUCAGAAUGGUGAGCUGGAUGAUGCUGCGAGGGUUGUUGGUGAAUGUAGGAAGAGGGGUGAGGGUGUGGAAAAUUUGGUGAAUGCCUAUAAUACUUUGGUUGUUGGUUAUGGUCGGAGUGGGAGGGUUGAAGAAGCUCGGCGGCUGUUUGAUCAAAUACCUUUGCGUCGUGAGAAGGGGAGAGAGGAAUGUAGGGGGUUUGAGAGGAAUAUCGUGUCAUGGAAUUCUAUGAUUAUGUGCUAUGUGAAGACGGGAAAUAUUGUUUCUGCUAGAGAACUUUUUGACCAAAUGAUAGAACGAGAUACCUUUUCGUGGAAUACCAUGAUCAGUGGUUAUGUUAAUAUGUUAGAUAUGGAAGAGGCUGCCAAAAUUUUUCAUAGAAUGCCAAAUCCCGAUGGACUGUCAUGGAAUACAAUGAUCACAGGGUAUGCUCAGGUUGGUAGUUUGGAAUUAGCUCAAGGUUUUUUCGAGAGGAUGCCUGAAAAGAAUCUAGUCUCUUGGAACUCCAUGAUAGCAGGGUAUGAGAAAAAUGAGGACUUUAUAGGUGGUGUUAAGGUUUUUUCUCAGAUGCAACUAGAAGGAGAGAAACCUGAUAGGCACACUUUAUCAUCAGUUCUUAGUGUGAGUACUGGGUUAGUUGAUCUGCAUCUAGGCACUCAGAUACAUCAGUUGGUCACGAAGACAGUUAUUGCGGAUUUGCCAAUAAACAACUCUCUUAUAACUAUGUAUUCACGAUGUGGUGCACUUAAAGAGGCUGAAACAAUUUUUGAUGAGAUGAAACAACAGAAAGAUGUGAUCUCCUGGAAUGCAAUGAUUGGGGGCUACGCAUCUCAUGGCUUUGCUGUAGAGGCUUUUGAUCUUUUUAGUUUAAUGAAGAGGUCAAAGGUGCAACCCACAUAUAUAACUUUUAUUGCAGUUUUAAAUGCAUGUGCUCAUGCAGGAUUAGUUGAAGAAGGACGAAGUCAGUUUAAAUCCAUGAUUAGUGAAUUUGGCAUUGAGCCAUGUAUCGAACACUAUGCCUCCCUUGUGGACAUCAUUGGUCGGCAUGGACAGCUUGAGGAGGCUAGUGAUUUGAUCAAGAGUAUGCCAUUUGAACCUGAUAAGGCUGUGUGGGGAGCAUUAUUAGGUGCUUGUAGAGUGCAUAACAACGUAGAGUUGGCAAAAGUUGCAGCCGAAGCAUUAACAAGACUUGAACCCAAAAGCUCAGCUCCGUAUGUAUUGUUGUACAAUAUGUAUGCUGAUGCUGAACUAUGGGAUGAAGCAGCAGCUGUGAGAUCACUGAUGGAUGAAAACAGGAUAACAAAACAUGCUGCCUACAGCAGGGUAAAUCGUUCGCAUUGCUGAGAUGUCAAACCUUUUUAAUCACUGGAAAAAGAAUUGGGCAUUAUUCCGCAGAGGGUUGGAGGUAUUUCUCUUCUGGUUGUUAUAGAGCUUUUAAAAGGAAAUCUUUUGCCUGAAGUGUAGGAAUUUAAUCGAGGUGGUGGGAAGGAUUGAGCACCACUUAUGGAAGGAAAAAGACUCGGCUGAGUCUGGACGAAAGGCACCCAAUGUUAUUAGAGUUGUUAGUCUCUUUCCUCAUCUAGAGUUUUCAUGUUCAAGCUUUAUAACCUUCUCGAGCAUAUGCUUCUUUCUAUGGUGCCUGAUCUUCCCAAUGAGAAAGAGGCUAUAUUUGGAGCAUUGGGUGAAUGGAAUGCUUGGGAGAUAGAGUUCCCACUGAUUGCAGCAGUUAUGGCUUUGAGAAUUCUAAGGAAAAAGCGUCACUGGAUGUGUAUAAUUCAAGUAUGACACUCAGGUUGUUUGAAGUAGUUUAUAAUGCUUUCUUAAGAUGGUGGAAAUUUAAUCAUUGAAAUAAUUAUAUGUUAACACUGCCUGUGGUAAAACUAUUAACCCCUUUCACUGAAUCCUAAUGCACAAAAAUUCCAAAUGCAUAUGGUUGACAAAUUAGCCUGUUUCAUAUUGGUAUAUUGAUUUUUCAAUAGCUCUUAAAGGAUGCCUUAUUAGGGAUUCUUAUAGUUUAAUAGCCUUCUAAUAAGUUGCUGGGAUCUCAUUUUCAUUUUGUUAUGGAUUUUCAUUACACAGAAGUAUUAAUAGGGUAUUGUAGGGGUUCUUUUCUCGGUCUGCACAUUUGUGGUCAGAGGAGCAGGUUUCAGGUUGUCAAAGUCGGUGUGGUCUUUUUUCCUUGCUUCUCUGUCUUUAUUCCUCUUUUCUAAUUUUCAGGGUUCAGGUUGUCAAAGUCGGUGUGGUCUUUUCUGAUUAUUGUAUUAUCAGUAAUUAAUGACGACAUUAAGAAAAAUGGUAAUGAUGAAAAUGGUAUCAUACAAGAGUACUGAUGUGUUAUAUUCAUUACCUCAGAUUUAUGUAUAUGAACUUCUGAUUGAGUUCAAAAAUCAACCAAAACAAGAUGGUAAAAUGGUGCAGCAUAUAAGGAAUUAGUUAUAUAUCUCAUGGUCUUAUGAGACUGAUAUUCAAUGGAUUGAUUCUUAUAAUUGAUGCAUUCUCAUGUGUAAUGCUUGAUUGGUGUUAUUGGUAUGGAAUCCUGGGUAUUGGGGUGUAGAGAGCUCAUCAAAUCCUCCUUUUUCUUUUGGGCUGUGUUUGGUUUCAAUUUUAGUCUGACCUUUUUUGUGAUUGCACGUCGUCAUCUACCCAGAGAUAGAGUGACUAUUAAGAGUGGCGAGCAUGAAUUUGAGGAAAGACCUGUUUCUGAGGCUUUGAUGCGAUCAUUACAGGAUCGGUUAUUGAACUUAUCGUGAAGAGAUGAAGGUUUUGGUCUGGGUAGAUUUUUGUAGGCUAUAAUUUUUUUUUCAGGCUCAUCUGUGCACUUUUAUAAUAUAUGUUCUGUAAUAUAUACUGUGCGAUGCAGGACGCGGUUUAGUUUGUCAUCAGGAAAAAGGAAAGGAAUUCAGGGUUUCUAGGUUACAGGGAUGCAUGUGAUGAUUAAGUUCACUUCUCUGAUGUCAAGCGACUUUGGGUACUUUGCCAAUAACAGGAGCUCAAAACUGAGAACAGGUUCAAGAACAGGAGUUUAAGUAGUGUGGUGAGCCCGAUGUUAAGAUUGCUAAAUGACAUAGUUCAAAACCAGUUCAAUUGAGAUAGGAGUAUGCAAAUAAUGAAGACAUAUGGGGACGAGCAGAGGUGUUCAGUCCAUUUAAUAAAUUGACUCAGGGUACAAUCAUCUUCUUGAAUCCCAUUGUAUUUGGUGUUUAUGAUGUUUUUGACGUAUCAAGAUAUUAGAUAUACCAAUGAACUGUGCGGCAUUGGCAUCUAUAGCAUCACACUCGAAACAAUUGACACGAUCUAUCCCCCAGAACUCCGACGUUAUCUUUAUCUGAGACCAAGUCCGGCGCUCAGU